AUGUUCAAAGGAAGCAGCAACAAAAUGAACGAGCACUCAUUUUAUGGAAACCCAAAUGAUCAGAAUUUGAGUGACCACCACCCGAAGAACGCCAACAGUGUUUUCUGUAACAACAUCAUUUCGAGGAAAGAAUUUAAUAAGGACUUUCUGCGGAGUAGAAAUUUUUUGGAGGAAGAAAAUCUCAAGGGGGGGGGUAGUGGAAACAACGGCAUGGUGUACGUGAACAGUCAUGGGGAGUUAGUCCACCUGGACUACAGCGGGCACGCCGCCCAUAGGGGCAUCAAGGGGCACAGACCCAGCUUGAACGGAAGCAACGCCUUCAAAAAGAUUUCCCAUAGCCAAUCUGAAUACAUACACACGGACUUGUUUGGAGACAAAACCAAUAUGCAGCAGAGCCCAAGUCUAAGCAACAGCCCCCCCCUGAACAACCCACCUACUAACAACUGCAACGUUAGUGCCAACGAAAUAAUGAGCAAGCGAUUAUUUAUCAAUAACCUCAUCGAAAUAAAGGAAAAACUUAACAACAUCAAAAGAGAGAGGAUGGAAUAUGAGAAGGAGGACGAAGCGAAGGAAGAGGAGGAGAAUGGGAACUACAUGGUCCAUUUAAAAAGUUACGAGAAAAUGAAAAACGCAUAUUCGUUGACGAAUGUAAAUAAGGUGCAGGAUAAAAUUAUGAACAAGAUGAAGGUCCAGGAGGAGAAAAAAAAAAUGGCGUACAAUAACUUUUUUGAGGAUGGCGGGGGGGAUGUGGACUACCCCAGCGGUCGUCCCAGCCACCCAUCGCAGCAGAAGCAGCAGUAUGUCAAUAUCGAAAGAAGGAAAAGCGCCGAGCAGAGGGAUGAAGAGAGCAACUACGUCUUUUACGACUUGAAGCAAUACCUGGGGGAGAACCACCGGCAGAAGAAGGGCUACUUUGCGGUGAAUGCGGGUUAUGAGAGGAAGCAGGGGGAAAGGCCAGGCGAUCGGCUAUGCGAUAGAUUAUGCGAUCGGGUAGGAGAGCAACUGAAUGACCCCCUGCACGAUCGGAAGUACGAUAACUACUUGGACCGAAAGUGUGACAAUUUGCACGAUCGCCAUUUCGAAAAAUUCCUUGUCAAGGAAGAAGACGAAGAAGAGGAGCAGAAGGAAAAGCAAAGUAAAUACAAGCAGCUUCAGAAAAUGGAGAGAGGAGUCGUUGGAACUCACGACCAUAUGAUGAUGAUGAUGUUGGAACAGGAAGGUAUGCAAAACGCUAUGCAGAAAAAUCAAAGCGUCUCAAAAAUACUGUAUACAAACAAUUUGAAGGGCCUUAAGAUGGUCGAUAAUGUUAUGUUCUGUCCAUCUCCAGAAGACACCAAUAUUAGUGGAAAGAAAAACGUACCAACGAUGAUAUACUUGGGGGGGUCUGAUUCCUCCCCAGGAGUAGCCGCUAUUGGGGGUGGCCCCUGUGGCAACGUGUUUCACGAUAGCAAAGCAUUUCACGAUAGCAACGUGUACGACGUGAGGACCAGCCUAUACCUGAGCAAGGGAGUAAGGGAUGAAGAUAAUUUGAAGAAAAUGCUCAGCGCCAGCACGAAGAAGGUUUUAAAUUUUGAGGAGGACUAUCGGUUGCCUUCAUCCGAGGGGCAUAAGCUGUACAAGAGUAAAAAAAACGGAGGAGGUGCAGGCUGCAUCGAAAGCGGAGCAGGUUGCAUCGAAAACGGAGCAGGUUACAUCGAAAACGGAGCAGGGACACAGAUUGGAACGGCAUCAACGCCAUUAAAGAAUGAAGCUGAAAUUUAUGUCGGCAAAAGUUGCAGCUGUGCAAAUUAUGGUAAGAAGAAAGGAGGAGUCGUCGCUGCCGCCGCAGCUGUAGCGGGAGGGAGCAAUUCCGGAGAUCACCUAAAAAAGGGGACAGGAAAGAGCGAACAGAACGGGAAGGUGUUUGAACAUGUUAAGGGAAGCGGAACGGGAGGCAACACAGACAUGCGAGUGGAUAACCAUAAAGGGGAAAAAAACGUAUGCAGGAAAAAUAGCGCAGCAUCUAUGAGCAACAACAUCAAUUUGAACGCAUCUGACACAGACCUUAAUGGAAACAAAAACUCGAGCGAGAAAAGAAACUCUUAUGAUAACAACAACGGAAAUAAUGUAGAUAACACAGUAGCAUACUUUAAAGAAAACUGCAUAAGUAAUGAAAACGUGGUGUACGACGAGGAGAAAAAAAUCUUCAAAACUAAGGAAAACUGUAAUAUUAAAAUAUAUAGGAGAAGUCUAGAAAAAGAGAAAAUGCUCAACUUUCCGUUAAUCCAUUUGGGUGAAAAUGACGUUAUAGUGAAGAGGAUAAAAUUAUACUACCCCUUGAGGAAUGAAAAUAUAUUUACAAAUAUUUCAAAAAUUAUUUUUAUGACAAAUACGAAUAUCUGCUCAUUGUAUCUUAGUGACUCGUAUCUUAUUCAUUAUGACGAUGUUAAAAUUCACUCCUACCUUUCUAAGGGAGGAUUUGGAGUUGUUUACAAGGGCGUCCUUUUGAGGAAAGUCAAAAAAUGCGAGCUCAUGUAUGGCGCCACUGGGAAGUACAGCAAGGCGUUGUCAAACCAGCAAAGCGUAAAGGGGCUAGGCACAGCUAACGCAGUUAACGCAGUUAGCGGAGUUAGCGCAGUUAGCGGCGUUAGUGGUGAGGCUGGAGGAAGAACAGAGGGGAGGAAAAGCACACAUAGGCAAUUGAACGAGGAGGAGGAGGAUGACGAGGAUGAGGAAGAGGAUGAAUACGGACAGGAGCAACAACUGGAAGAGCAGCGAGAUGUGCUCCACGCGGGGGCCGAGGACAAUCACGUGGAUGCAGUAAAUCAAGACGGCUCCAGCAACUACGCAGAUAAUAACAAUAGCAAUGUGCAGGAUGGCGCAGAAUCGAAGGGGAACUCAGGCAAUGGCAGCGGACCAAAUGGAAGCAACCCUAAGAGUAGCUCCCCUAAGGGUAGUGGCCCAAACAAGCAGUUCCCCAUGAAGAAGAAAAAAAGCCACAAUAGUGAUAGCAGCAAGCUUAGCAGAAGCACCAAAAAGUUGUGUAAUCUGCGAAACCAGUUGAUCGAGAAAAUAUUCGACACGUUCAACAACCCGAUCAGCCCCAACGGGGGUGGGAGUGCAGGUGGCACCAUUGACGGCAAUGGCGUGAACGGUGAGUACCCCGUCAGAGGCGCAGGAACAGGGCAGGCGCGGGAGAAACGGGACGUCGACGAACAGCCGGAAGAGGAAGAGGAAGAAGAAGAAGAGGAUGCAGACGAUGAAGAAGGCGCAGACGAAGAAGAAGGCGCAGAUGAAGGAGAAGGCGCAGAUGAAGGAGAAGACGCAGACGAAGGAGAAGGCGCAGACGAAGCAGAAGAAAAAAAGGAACACAAAAAAAACAAUUCUGCCAUCGAGAAUAUUCUAAAAAGUUGGGAUGAUAAGUACAACGAGCAGCAGAAAAAAAAAGCGAGCAAUCACGAGGGUUAUAACGUGAACAAAGAGACUGAGGGUGGCAUGUUUCUGAGGAAGGGCCACAAGUCGGGCAGAGGCAAUGUGCACCCAGGGGAAGACGCGGAAGAUGAUGAGGACGGGGCAGGUGCCGAGGACGGAGCAGAGGCGGAUAAAAACCCAGCACAGAAGCGCAGAGACGACGAGGAAGUAGCCGAAAAAAUGGACCUGAAAAAGGGCGCCAAUUGUAUACACGUACAGGAAAUAAGAAAAUUAAAAAAAAAAAUGCUCAACUUGAUAUAUUCCAAAAAAACAAACGACAAAAUAAUAAUUGACAGAGAUGAAUUUUUUGUAGAAGCCAAAAAAAUUCUUUAUAAGUUAAAAAUGAUGAAUAACACAGAGUUGGAAAAAAACUACCAUGAAGAAAUCAUUGCCUACUUGUUGCUAGACGUGUACCAUAAUAACAUGGCGUACAAAAAUAGCCUCUCCUUCCUCUACGUAAAAAGCAAAAAUAUAAUAACCUACGGAAUGAAUAAAGAAAGCCUCUAUAUAUUUGACAAUAAAAAUAUUUUCCACUACUACAGUGAUAAAUGCAUUUUCAAAAUUGUGUUUAUUGAUGAGCACAAGGAACUUAAGAGGUACCAGAACCUGACUGUUUUUAAUGUGCUAAAUAAUGAAAGGAUGAUGAAGAGCUCAUCUAUCCUCAAAUACGAAAUUAAUAAGCAUAAGAAUGGGCUCAAUAAAUUAGCCAUUAUUCCCUUUAGCAAGAUGAACAUGAGUCACCUUCUCAAUGCCCUAAUAUUUGGUUUUUUGAAAUUUCUUUUCAAUUUGAGGAAAAAGUAUCACAAGCAGCCGAAUAAUUGCUCCUGUUACCCCCAAGCGGAGGAAAUGCAGAGUAAUCCAAACGCUAAUUCUUUGAACAGAACGGUGGAGACAGAACAAGUGAACCAGGCGAGCAGCACAAAUAAUAACGCCUUUUUCUCUAACCUAAAGUAUACCAACUCGGAUGCGUGUGGUGGAGGCAGCGGAGGAGGUGCUCUCAAUUUUAAUAAGGAAGAUAGAGACGCCAUCAUCCUGCAGGAGAAAAUUAACAUGCUUGAUGAGUUCAUCUGCUGCAACUAUGAGGAAGUCAGUGCGGACUAUGCUGGAGGGAGAAGCAGGAUGAUGGGUGGGGGAAGCGGCAACAACGAGAGGAGUGACGAGACGGAGAAUAACAACGGGGCUGGAAGCGGCGCAGGAAGUGGUGGUGGUGGAAGUGCCGGAACUGCCUAUGGAAGCAGCGGACGAAGCAACAACGUACAGAGAGACGAGACAGACAAAAUGGGAAGCACAAAUAAGGCGAACAUGCACCUGAGCAAUAACGGCGCGGGAAGCAGCACCCUAUUGAACACCAACAAUACCGACGAGUGCAAAACUACCAUGCUGAUGAAUGGGUCUAGGAACAAAACUGCUUUUAAGGAGUAUGCCAACGAGCGGGAGUACAACUACGGUCCGAAGGUGAGUAACCGGGAGGGGGAGCAGCAGCAUCUGGAGGAUGUGGGCGUCGAACACAGCGAUAAGGAGGAGGUGGAGGAAGGCAAAGAAGGGGAAAGAGUAGAAAGAGAAGAAGAAGAGGGAGGCGAAGGAGUCGAAGGAGGCGAAGUGGGCGAAGUGGGCGAAGUGGGCGAAGGAGAGGAGGAAGAAAGAGCUUCUCAGUCCCCCUCUCGCGCGGGAAGGAAAGGAAACGGUGCAGGAGAAAAGGGAUUACCUGAGGUGAAGAAUGCAGCGAGCAUGAGGGCGGCGAAAGGUUCAAGAGGUAGGGUAGAUGCGAAAGGGGUUAAAAACGCCAAGGUGACAUCGUUAUCCGUGGAAGGAAAAAAUGGGAUGAAAAGAAAAUCAGGGGCGGAUGGGAAAGGUGUGAAAAAUGUGACAACAGACGUGAAGGCAGAAGCGCCUGAGGGGAGAAGUCUAAUGAACGAAUCGGCAAAAGGAGGAGAUGAAGAACCAUGUGAAGAAAGCGAAGAAGUGGUACAGGUAAAGAUCCCAGUGGCUAUAAAAAUACACGAUCUGAAAGACAGCAAAAAUUUAAAAAACUUUUUAAGAGAAAUUGAAAUAUAUAAAAAUAUUCAACGUCCAAAUAUUUGUACCUUCUAUGGAAUAUGCAUCCGAUCAAAUAAAUUAAUGUUGCUGUUGGAGUACUACCCUAAGGGAAAUUUAUUUAAUUUUUUAAAAAAUAAAAAUAAAAUUCACAAGAAGCAGAGACUAGCUUGGGCAUCCGAAAUGUGUUAUAUUGUCCACGGAUUCCAUGCACAUAACCCUCCUGUAAUUAAUGGAGAUAUAAAAACAUCCAACGUUUUAAUUGACAAUAAUAUGCACCUAGUUAUGUGCGAUUUUGGUAAAGCUAGAUUUAAGAAUUCAAAGCUUUACAGUAAUUUUGGCUCCUAUAGAUAUAUGGCUCCUGAAACGUUUAGCUGUACAUCCGAAGUGACAGAAAAAAUUGACAUAUGGAGCUUGGCAUGCUGCAUUGUUGAAAUAUUUUCGAGCAAAUACCCAUACUAUAAUUUAUCGAAGAAUGUAAAGAUCCGACAUGAGUUGCUGGUUAAUAAGAAGACUCCACAUAUUCCGAACUUUUUACCCAACUCGAUGAAGAAAUGCCUGCAGAGGUGCUUCAGCUUCACCCCCGAGGAGAGACCCUGCGCUUACGAGAUGUACAAGUGUUUGAAGAAGAUUAAGGUUGUCGAGUGA